GUUGGUAUUUAGCCUGCCUUCCUAUCCCUGUCUUUCUGAAUGACGGUCAGAGUGUAAAACUGUCAACACUCACUCGGACCUGCUUUCUCCGUGCCCUUUUGAGUAUGAAUGUGACGAUCUCUCCUGUCUUGCUCUGUUUACUGCGUGACUUGCGGCAUGCGGCAAUGGCAUGUACAUGUACUGGGGUUCAAGACUUCUAUUGGUCACUCUGGGCAUACUAGGCAUGGCGUGAUGGCCCGAGCAAGUCCGAGAUCUUUUCCCAAGGACAAUCACGAUUCGAGGACCAACGGCGAGUGAGCACCGUCGAUGUCAUUGGGAUAACGGAUCAUUGGGAAUAUCAUGAUUGUGUAAACAGCAGCCUGGAACAGCAGGUCUCUGUCCCUAAGCUGCACUGAGUGUUGAGAGGAGAGAAAACGUGCCACGCUGGCUAUGUUAUCACUGCUAACUUGCUUGAACGUUUGUCGACGACUGCAGCUUCGGGGUGGCCAGGUUCAGUGACUGCAGCUAGCUAAUGGUAUUUUGUGGUGAGGCGAAUGGCAGUCGACUGACGUGUGCCCGUGCGGGUCAACACAGACUAAGAAGAUGUCUAUGUUGGUUACCAUGCGAUGAUAUCGCCUACUGGCAUCUUACACAAUACCCAUGUCCUGCGUAGUUUGCGUCAGUGUCAUGCACGUCCAUCCAGGCGACGCACAAUGGCAGAACAAACAGACGAGUUAGAGACGACAAACGGCCGUCUGUCAGGUCGCAGGCCUAAUUGGGCUUCAGGGUGGUCCGGUGCAUGGGUGGCCUCCUCUUGUCGAUUUGUCAGCGGUCAUGGGUUCUCUCCUUUCUUGCUCGGUGCACCACGGCAAGGCACUUUUAUUGUUGUAUGCCCUCAGUCCGCAGAGCCCGGAUUGACUGAGAACUGUUUGUUGUGUCAGUGUUUACCUAGGUCGACGGCGAGCAGAAGCAACCCUUCCAGGCUAGAUCCCUUAGACAGCAGGCAAACAGUAGAUCUACGCGCACCACUCGCACUGUACUGGUACUAGUAGUAGUGCUGGCUAAGACCAAGAGCCUUUGGCUUUGGUAUAGCAAGAACUAUUCCAGUCCUGUCUGCUUGACGGAAAAACACCGGACUGACUGCCUGGUCGCAGCAUCGCUAGCUUGAAUCCCGGCUCUCCAGCGAGUAGAUCACGACGUAUUCUGCCCUAUUGCCACUGUGGCGGCUAAAUUGACAUGCACCACUUGAGAGCAAUUGUGUUCAGCUAGAACUGUUGGGCUGUAUACCGUGGAUAGAGAUCGCGCUGAGCUAUCUAGCAGGCAGGCGGGCGGGCAUUCUGGAUCAACAAUCGAACGAAGAAAAACACGAAGGGAGGCACUCGAGCUGCCAGGGAUUCGUCUCAGAGGCACCAGAGAGGGUCGCGUGUAUAUAGCAGAGUCCGUCGUUAGAGGCUUGAGUGAGCUGUGUGGAGCAGACACAGUCGUUUCGUGUAUCCUGCCUGCUGUGGCGUAGGAGGCGUUUGGGCUCGUGGUUACCUUCAACGUACAUAUCGUGUUGCUCUUCCACGCUGGAGGUAAAGGAUUUGUCGAUGAUGACUGGAAACACUAGCGAUGACCGCACGGCGGAUUGCUCCGAAGUCGUCCGACUCGGUGGCAAGUUUGCUAUGAUGCAGACAUGCACGUCGUCUUCGUCUUCACCACAAGCAGUGAGCGUGACCUCUGCGGGAUCAUCACCGCCCGGUCACUUCUUCCAGCCCAUCUCGCCAGUCACCUGCGCUUCACAAGCACCGCGAGCACACCCGGUGGCGCUGAAUGGAGGCGGCUCUUCGGCGGCGGUGGCAACGACUGGGCUCAGCCUGUCCUCAGCCCUGGGUGGUGAUAUACUGGCUGCGUCAGGCCUGGAUGUCCUCUCAGCAGUGAGCAUGGUAAGGCAGAAAGAGGAAUCCGCCAAGGCAGCCAGCAAUUCAGUCGGUACUGGUGCUGUUCAUGCCGGUGUCGGCCUACCCGGCAUCCAAGGCGCAGGGGCAGCUGCUGUUCCACCACUGUCGAAACCACCUCUGACCUAUAUUGACCUCAUUACGAUGUCUAUUGAACAGUCGCCAGACAGAAAACUCCCUCUCAGCGGAAUCUAUGAGUUCAUUGAGACGAAAUUUCCAUACUACAAUCAGCCGAGCAAGCGACCAGGCUGGCAGAACAGCAUCCGUCACAACCUGUCGCUGAACAAGCGCUUUGUGAAGGUGCCUCGCCAGUCCAAUGAUCCAGGGAAAGGUAGCUACUGGACCACACAGGAGCAUCAUGAGAGCGUGCUGCAAGCCAUCGGUAAUGGCGGUCAGCAGCAACAGCAACAGCAGCCGCACCAAGCUCAGUCCAGUGCGGUGGUGACUACUGCCGGUGCAGGUAUUGCUGGUGCACCCUCCAACUCGUCACCUGUGCCAUGUGCAUCACCGACAGCCAUGGCUGUGAAUGAGGACCACAUGCAGCAUGGUUAUGCCGGACAUUCUCCACCAACAGUCCUUGGUGCACAGUCUAGUUAUCAACCACAACCCACGGCAGCAGCGGCAGCAGCAGCAGCAGGAGCAGGAGCAACGUCAAUGCAAUGGGCAGACAGAAGCGAUGAAGAUUGUAUGUCAGUAAAGACAGACAUGGCAAACGCUGGCGAGACACUGGAUCUAGAUGAAGACGAACAGAUGGACUAUAUGGAUGUUACUGGCAAUGGCAGUUCACCACCCUCGGCCACGCGGCCCGUGCCACGAGUGCGCGAGCGCCCAUACUCCGCUGGUUCAAAGCGAAGCCGCAGCCGAGCGUUCAGUCCCUUGCACACCAAUACGUUAGACCUGGAUGAAGACAGGCCGCUCGACUACAUGUGUGUUCCAACACACAACAGUUCGCCGCCACCGUCAUCGUCAUCAGCGGGCCCUGUGCGAACACGCGGCCGGCCGUACUCGGCUGGCGCAAAGCGUACGCGCAAUCGUCCGUUCAGCCCACUCCACACCGAGCCGCUCUCCGCCAACGCCAAGGCUUUCAGCAUUCCCAAUCUGAUCAAUCAAGAGCUGGGGAGUGAACACGGCGGUGCCAAUACGGAUAGAUCCUCUACGGAUACAGAGCCGGUCAUGCACCCGCAGAUCUGCUAUGUUGACUCCGCGGCCGUUCAGCACCGGUCUUCGGAAACGGUCAACACGGCGCACUCGUCAACUCCAUCGUUUGCGCCAUCUGCAUUGCCGACUGUGCCGACCGCGGCUGCACCGUUGCCUGGCAACGGUGGCGGUGUAUACUUGGUACCGGCGCCAGGCAUGCAGCAUUAUUCUGCUAGUAAUGCCGCCGCUGCUGUCGCUCCGCCCGGUACCAUCCCUGCUUCCAACGUCACAACGCUACCAGUCAUGUUCAACUACCAGCCAACAUACUCACAUCCAGCCACUGAAGGUGCGCCUGCCCCUGCCUCUACCACGUAUUACACGCCUCAUCCUUAUCCAAUCUUCCUACAGCCAUCCAUUCCAGCCAACUCGCAUCAACUCUCCAGCCAAGAGUGAGCGCAUUUGCGUUGUUGACCAAACCUUGUGUAUGCAUAGAAUUGCCGUACGGCUUGACCUCUGAUAGGAAGCAGCCAACAAAACUUCAUGCACAGUGUGUAUGAACAUGCACGUGCACGCGCGCGCGUGUGUGUGUACAUCCAAGUGUGCGUAUUACAUAACCAGCAGCUGUGUACAUUGUUAUGGUGUUACUCUGCAUGUUGGUUUUAAGAGUGAACUUUAACCGGAGGACGCGAAUCGAGAUUUCCAUACAUCCUCCAAUACGAGGAGCCAUGUUCUAAGAUUAUUGAGUUUAUUUCGUGAAGAGAAGAGAAGUCUGUAAGAUUAAGUUGAAUUUGACUCUGCUGGGCAGCUUUGAUGUAGUGUAAUGCGUGAAUAUUCUCACACUACAUUCUUGAAUUUCUCUAACACAUAACGCAGAAUAUACGAUCUUGUACUGCACUAGAUUAAAGAUACCUACCUGCCAUAAGUGCAUGUGGUGUGUUGCUGAUCAUUUACCAACGGUAAUCCCAUUUGAAUUGCUCGCUCAGUGUUUUGCGUUGACGCAACUCUAAGCAGUGUUGAUCACGCUCAGUUUCGUGUCUUUCUCUUUCCUGAUCAUGGUGCUCAUUGACCAUGGCGCCUGCUUUAUGACGCUAACAUUUCCUUUUUCUAAUUUACCGGUACUUAAAAAGUUAAAAGUACACAUACUCAUCAAUCCAGUCCAAAUCCAAAGAAUGAUAACUAGUACUUGCACUA